CACAACAGCAGCCACAACAACUCCAGCAGCAGCAACAGCGACAGACGCAGCCAGUUGUGAGAACCCCCACCACAAAUGCACUGACAGUACAGAAGGUUGUAACUCCGGGUUUUACAAAGCUCACGCCCCCACCAGCAGCACCUACUCAACCUGCGAUUGCUCGUGUACCAAUCCCGACGCUUGUUGGUCCAUUACCAGCGUCACUUAAAAUGUCAUCAUCAGCACCUAAGAACAUUGUUGGAAGACCUUCUUUCAGCGUUUCCACUGCUGUAGUUACCACAACCAGCUCAAUGACAAGCACUGCCAACACUGUUAAUAACACUGUCGUGAAUACUGCUACUAACCUGAGGGUUGCUACAGCAUCACAGCUGAAUAACAGGCAGCAACCCAAGACAUCUACCCCGUAUACACCAAGCAAACCUAAUGCUGAUCUUAAGAUCAUUGAUCUAACAGAUGAGGAAGACAGGGCUAAGACGACAGGAAUUAUGCGUCCAGUGAAUGCUACUCCAGCUACAAUUGCUACCAAUCUAAUUGCAUCUAGUAGUGUUACAACACCAGUUUCCAUUAGCAAUAAUCCAGGGAUUCAGGCAGGCAGUAUUCGGGUUGUGCAACCACACCAACUCACCGGCACAACUGCCACUACUAUCAUUGCACCUUCUGCGCCAACUUCUGCAACUUCACGGCUGGCAUACCUUGUCCCCACAUCUGGAGGAACGGUACAGCAGCGACAGGUGCUUAUUGCAAGUUCUCCGUCACAGGUUCGUCCAGGUGUUGUGAGUGUUGGCAACCGACAGAACCAACUACCUACAUUGCUGUUUAAGAAUGGAACUGUUGUGCCAAUCCAACAGGCAUCAGGAACAGCACCUGUUAAUACCACAGCUAUUUUGCGGCCGGGCCCACCAGUGCAGACCAGCCAGCUACAGCAAGUAUUGAAUCCCACAAGAACUGGCCAGCAAAUUCGCGUGGCUCCUAGUCUUGUCACAACUGUAGGUCGCAUGACUGCACCUGCUAUUGCAACUGUAAAUUCUGUUAUUGGAAACAAGCAUCCGGCACCUCUUCCGAACAUGCCCAUGUACCAGCCCAACCAUGUCAGCUGGAAGUUUGCGCCACCCAAACCAGAACUCAAAAUAUCAAAAGUCGCCAACAAACACCAACAAGGUAUUGUACUGUCUUGGAACAUGCAACUGACAUCAGAGUAUGAGGAGAUAGCUAGUUACCAGUUGUAUGCAUACCAGGAGGGGUCUGCCCAGCCAAGCACUACAUUAUGGAAGAAAGUUGGUGAUGUGAAAGCCCUACCAUUGCCUAUGGCUUGCACACUGACACAGUUCAUGGAAGGCCAUAAAUAUCACUUCGCCGUUCGAGCAGUUGACGUGCAUACAAGAGUAGGUCCAUUUAGCACACCAGGCAACAUUGUUCUUACCCGUAAAUAACAUUUUUGAGCCUGUCAUCCAAUGUGUGCCGUAUUGGUGAUCAUAUUGCUGGUGUGAGGAAGAGAAAGGAUGCUGCUGUUCUGCCAGUUGUGCCCAUAUGCACAUAUCCUGUGUAGUAGAUCACUACAGAGCUUUGCUGUUAACUAUGGCUUUUAUGAAGGAUGUGCCCUUCUAACCAUUUCUUCUGAAGUUGUUGAGAAGUAGAGUGCAGUUGUGUGCAGCUACCAGUUUUGAUGGAAAGGAUCCUCAUAUGCAGAAUAAAUAUCUGUGUAGGUACUUGUACAUAAACGCAGUGUAGAUUCCAAGCGCCAUUCGGAGAAGUGUUGAAGACAUUAGUGAUGUGUACACUUCUCUUAAUAUCAGUUCUUUUUUUCACAACAUGUGCAUUAUAAAUUAUUGAACAGAUUUGUCCCUCAUGUUUUGGUUCUUGAAAAUUUUUGACAUUCUAGAAAUUAGAUUGUGUUUAUUAGGGCCAUGGACCAUAUGAUCUGGUUACCUGUGCAUGAUCUCACAAGCCAGAAGAUAACAGCUGAAAUCUUCAACAUCAUGAAACCUCAAAUCUUAUUCAGACUAUUUUGGGGGGAAAUUUUAUAUUGUCUGGUGGUUGACCUGUUACUGUUUGGCUUGUGACUGAGUAUUAGAAUGUUAUUCCUUGCUCAGCUGAAAUAUUACUCCUCAUAGAGUGAAAAAGUUACUACACAAGUUGUAAAUCUGUUGAUGAGGGGUGAGCCAUAAAAACUGGCCCUUGCACUGCAACCUUCAAUGAUCUGUUGUCCUUCCUCUUUGGAUUAACC